AUGGCGUUUGAUCCGAGCGCAUAUUUGUCGCGCCAGGCGCGCGGCCGCCCGAUAAAUGCGAUCCGCAGUCUGAUGCCUAAGGAAAACAAGCCGGGUUUGAUUUCGCUGCUCGCAGGCAAGCCCAAUCCCGCGGGCUUUCCGUUUGAAUCGAUCUCGAUGACGCUGAAACCGUCCGCUGUGAAGGCGUGCGGCGCGGAUGGGAAGCCGCUCACGAUCACCCUCGAGGGCGACGAGCUAAACCGAGUUUUGCAAUAUGGCAGCCAAAACAUUGAUCCCGCUUUAGAAGCGCAGCUCGAUCCACUGAUUGCGACGGUGCAGGGCCGCGACCGCAAAAGCGGCACGCCCGACGGCGAUUUCCAAAUUGCGGUGGGGAGCGGGAGUCAGGACUUGUUGGUCAAGACGCUCUCGGCAGUGCUCGAUCCGGAAGAUACCGUGCUGGUCGAGGCGCCCGUCUACCCAGGCGUGAUCCCCGAACUGACUUCGUGCGGCGUCCAAACAGUUCACGUCGCAGUCGACGACGAAGGCCUCUCUGCCAAUGCCCUGCGCUCGACGCUUGCAAACUGGAAGACGGAUAGCAAGACCAAGGAUCUCAAAUUCCCGAAACUUGUCUACACGGUCCCAACCGGCGGCAAUCCCGCAGGCACCACGGCGUCCAAGCAGCGGAAACAAGCAGUGCUCGCCGUAGCGCGCGAGUACGGGAUCCUUAUUCUGGAAGACGACCCGUACUACUAUCUCACAUUCAAUAAUCUUGAGGGGGACAAGGAGCGCACGCCCUCCUACUUUGCUCUGGAGCGUGAGGGUGGAGACAAGUACGGCUACGGCUACGUUGUGCGUCUCGAGAGCUUCAGCAAGAUCAUGUCGGCGGGUAUGCGCCUCGGGUUCAUGAUGGGCGCGCCGGCGAUUGUGAAUACAGUGAUAUCGUACAUUGCAUCUACAAGCCUACAUGCGAGUGCGCCGCCACAGGUGAUGGCCGCGAGGCUGUUGGAGCACUGGGGCGUGGAUGGGUUUUUGGAGCAUACCCUGAACGUCGCACAGAUGUACAAGAAGCGGCGCGACAUGUUUGACGCGGACGCGGUCGAGUUCCUCGGUGCGGGCAAAACCGGCACACAGCAGCCACUUGCGCAGUGGGUGACGCCCGUCGCGGGUAUGUUUUUCUGGAUCAAGCUGCACUUGCCGCCGACGCCGGAUGCGCCGCAGGGCGACUCGUUCCAGAUCAUUUCCGAGCGUGCCGUAUCGUGCGGCGUGCUUGCCAUGCCGGGCUCUGCAUUUUAUGCGACACCGACGAAAACGCCGUACGUGCGCGCAAGCUUUAGCCUUGUGCAUGAAGACGAGAUGGGCGAGGCGCUGCGCCGGCUGCGUACCGCAGUCCAAGGCGCAUGGAAAGACGCAGGGUUCGACACAAUUCCUCCCAUGUAG